AUGGACGCCCCCGCCUCCCCAACAACGACCCCGGCCCCCAUCAUCAUCGGCCUCAACGGCCUCCAAGGCGUCGGCAAAACCACCCUCGUCACCUCCCUCGCCUCCACCCUCACCUCCUCCUCCGGCCUACGCACCCUCGUCCUCUCCAUCGACGACUUCUACCUCCGCCACGACGACCAGCUCCGCCUCGCCGCCAGCCACCCCCGCAACGCCCUCGUCCAGCACCGCGGCCAGCCCUCCACCCACGACCUCGACCUCGCCCUCUCCGUCUUCCGCGCCCUCUUAGACGGCCGCGAAACGUCCGUGCCUUCCUUCGACAAGGCUGCCUUCUCCGGUCGCGGAGACCGCCGCCCCGAGAGCGAGUGGCUCCCCGUCAACCGCCCCGGCGAGCCCCCGGUCCAGGCCGUCAUCCUCGAGGGCUGGUGCGUCGGUUUUCGCGCCCUCGCCGAGGACGCCGUCCGCGCCCGCUGGGAGAGCGAGAGCCUUACCCUCCGCCAACACACCCUCGAGGAUCUCUUGUUCGUCAACGACAACCUCCGCCGCUACGAUGCCCUCACUGCCCUCUUCGACGCCUUUAUCCACAUUGAUGCCGAUGAUCUGUCUUAUGUGUACGCCUGGCGUCGCGAGCAAGAGGUCGCCCUUAGGGCUGAGAAGGGCACCGGCAUGACCGACGAACAGGUCGUCAAGUUUGUCGACGCUUACUUCCCCGCCUACGAGCUUUACUGCGACGGUGUCAGGGCUGGCGUCCUCCCGGACAAACCGAGGCACCAACUGCGCAUCGUAGUUGGGAGGGAUAGGAAAGUGAAGGAGGUACAAAUAUUUUAA